UGUGAUUGGACCGGCUUUAGUCCCGCCUCCUCCAGCAGCAGAGAUGGACGCGCUGGUGAACCGCUUCAUUGCGUUGCGUUCGGUUCUGCGUUGAUAACCGUUAACGUAUCGGAUCCUCAGCGCGUUUGAUUAAAACAAACGCAGUUCGUCGCUUGCUUCUAUCAUAGGAUCUUAAGCCAGCAGGAUGGCAGGCGGCGGCUGCGUGACGCUCCGCGGCGCUCAGAUCCGGGACCUGCUGGACUCCAAACACGACGUGCUGUUCGACUGCGACGGCGUCAUCUGGAACGGAGAAACCGCCGUUACCGGAGCUCCGGAGGUGGUCAGUCUGCUCAAGCAGCGCGGCAAGCGCGUGUUCUUCGUCACCAACAACUGCACCAGGCCGCGGGAGAACUACGUGCAGAAGUUCAGCCGCCUCGGCUUCGCGGACGUCGCGGAGGAGGAGAUCUUCAGCUCGGCGUACUGCUCCGCCGCGUACCUGCGCGACGUGGCGCGGCUGCAGGGGAAGGUGUACGUGAUCGGCUGCGGCGGGGUGAUGAGGGAGCUACGGGACGCCGGGGUGCCGGUGGCGGAGGAGGAGGACGCGGAGCCGGGCGCCAGCAUCUACACCUGCCCGCUGGACCCGGAUGUGAAGGCGGUGCUGGUGGGAUACGACGAGAACUUCACCUUCAUGAAGCUCGCCAAAGCCUGCUGCUACCUGAGGAGCCCCGAGUGCCUGUUCCUGGCCACUGACCCGGACCCCUGGCACCCGCUGACAGGAGGCAGGGUCACCCCGGGUUCUGGCAGCCUCACGGCCGCUCUGGAGACGGCCAGCAGCAGGAAGGCCACGGUCAUCGGGAAGCCCAGCCGCUUCAUGUUCGAGUGCAUCUCCAGUCAGUUCGGUCUGGACCCGGCGCGCUCGCUGAUGAUCGGAGACCGGCUGGAGACGGACGUUCUGUUCGGCAGCAACUGCGGCCUGACCACGGUGCUCACGCUGACGGGUGUCUCCACACUGCAGGAGGCGCUCGCGUACAGAGACAGCCAGGAGCCGCAGCAGAAGCACUGCGCGCCUGAUUACGUGAUGGAGUCUGUGGCCGACUUCCUGCAGGCGCUGGAGGAGUGACACUUCCUCAACAUCUGAAGAAAUCACCACAGAAAUAUGUGACCCUGGAGCACAAAACCAGUCGUUACAGUCAAGUUUUUGAAAUUGAGAUUGAUACAUCAUCUGAAAGCUGAAUAAAUAAUCUCUCCAUUGAUGUAUGGUUUGUUAGGAGGA